AUGGCAAGCCGCGAUAACCUGGCCGCUGACGUCUUUUCCCCCGAGAUUGACAAGCUCAUGGCAACUGAUUACCCGACGAGCCCCCUAUUUGCUGCCUCUAGCAAGGGGAGGCCCGUCCGAUGGACGAGCAAGACCGUGACCUCCAGCAACUCGAUGUAUGUGACUGCAGUCCUAGACGAUGAAGACGAUCGAGACUUUGAAGGCAGUUCUGUAGUGACGCUGGCAACCAUCGUUACCGUGACCGACCCUUUCUCACAAGAACCGCUAUUUCCACUGCCACCAACGAGGCCAACCACCCGAACCACAACGAUGGCAGCAGAGACAACUCCAAGAAACAUGUCUAGUUCAGAACCGACAUUACCUGUCGAAACAUCUGCCAAAACAUCGGUCGACAGCGAUGGCGCCGCGCCUCCGGCAUCAAUAGACGACAGAUCCCAUGGUCUUUCUCAAGGACUUAUCGCUGCCAUCGCUGUCGGCACGGCCCUUGCUCUAACAGUCACAAUAUUGAUGGCAUGGAUAUGCAUUUGGCACAGAAGAAAACAGUGCGACGAGGACAACAGCACCAUCUCUCGAAACAACUCCAUGCCCAUCCUACGUCCGCCUUCCCUCCCGCCGCUGCCGGAGCUAAGCUCCCAUGCCGAGCGGACAGACACGCCAAACGACUCCUUGCUCAGCUGCAGCAUUCUCAGCGAUCCGAGGGAGACACUCUCGCAGGGUGUUCGAUCCCCCACGCCCCAGCCUGCUGUGGCAGAGGUCAGAAGCUUCACCCGUACGUGGCAAAAGCCGCGGGUGUAUACGGUUGGGGGACGCGGGCCUUCCGAGUUGCAGAGCUCAGAACCCGUGGGCAGUCCGCUGGGGAGGAGCCACGAUUCGUCACCCAUCUCGCCCGCGCCCGGAAUGGACUCGACCUACCCUGGGAGCCAUGUCGUGAGUCCUCUAUCGCCCCCUUCGAGAUAUGGCUCUCUGUCGCCCUGGGAUAGCGGAGGACGAGAAGAAGGUCAGGGAGGAAGAUUCUGA